AUGGCUCUCUUCCGCCGACAGGACGAAGAUACUGGAGACAAACUGUUGGAGCUGGCCUCUGACCCUUUCAAAACCGAGAUUCAAUCUUCUUCUAUAAUCACUGCCUUUGCCCUCUACCUGGGGCUUGCCUUGGGUCUCGCCAUUCUCUUCUCCGUUUUCCGCCCUCGACACCGCGUUCUGUUCGCGCCCAAGUCCAAGUAUGCCGACGAGAAGCAUGCACCUCCUGCUAUGGGCAAUGGCCUGUUCUCCUGGAUCAAACCUGUUACCACCGCGAAAGAACCAUAUUUGAUGGACAGAAUCGGCCUCGAUGCCGUCGUUUUCCUGCGAUUCCAGCGCAUGCUGCGGAACAUGUUUCUUGUGUUCGGCGUGGUUGGCAUCGCCAUUAUGCUGCCAGUCAAUGUCACUGAAACCAAGAAGUCGACCCUGGCGGAAUGGCAUAUUGGUGCCCUGAUCUACAUGACUCCUAGGUUCACUCAAGGUGGUGCACUUUGGGCUCAAGUUGUGAUCAGCUACAUCGGCAACAUUAUUGUGGCCUAUUUCUUGUGGCACAAUUAUCGUCGCAUCCACAGUCUUCGCCGCAGCUACUUCCAGACUCCUGAAUAUCAAAAGAGCCUGCAUGCUCGCACACUCAUUGUCCGCGAUUUGUCUAGUGACCUCCGGAACGAGGAUGGUGUAACUCGUGUCACCGACCAUGCCAAUCCCACUGGAGUACAGCCAAAGGUCACGGUGGGCAGAAAUGUCAAAGAUCUGCCGGGCCUCAUCGAGGAUCACGAGGAACAGGUCCGCGAGCUAGAGUCUGUACUCGCCAAAUACCUGAAGAACCCCAACAAGCUCCCCGCAAAGCGUCCGACCAUGAAACCUUCGAGCAAAAGCCGAUAUAGUGGCCCAGUCACCGAUGGCAAGGUCGACGCCAUCGAUUACCUCGCAGAACGCAUUCGAGAGCUCGAGACCGAGAUCACAGAGGUGCGAGAGUCCAUUGAUCGCCGAGAUCCGAUGCCCUUCGCUUUUGCUAGCUGGGACCACAUCGCCCAAGCCCACUCGGUGGCUUUUGCAAGUCGCAAUAAGCAAUCUAUGGGUGCUCGUAUCGACCUUGCACCCCGACCUACGGAUCUCAUCUGGAAAAACCUGCCUAUGAGUAAAUCUACUCGCAAGACUCGCCGCCUGAUGAAUGCUGUCUGGAUCUCGGUUCUCACCUUGAUCUGGCUUCCGAUGAACAUGGGAAUUGCACUCUUCCUUUCCAACUUGGGCAACCUUGCCACUAUCUGGCCCUCGUUUCGGGAAAGUUUCGAGGCAAGCCCCGGAUUUUAUGGAAUCCUGCAAGCCGUUCUCGCUCCUACUAUUACGUCGCUUGUGUACAUGGUGCUCCCAAUCAUCUUUCGACGACUGCAAAUCCGGGCUGGCGAUGUCACGAAGACGGAGCGCGAGCAACACGUCUUACGCAACUUGUACACCUUCUUCACCCUCAACAACUUGGUGCUGUUUUCUAUUUUCGCCGCCGUCUGGCAGUAUGUCGCCAACAUCAUCGAUGCCGACGACGGCACUAAGAGUACUUGGGAUGCAGUUCUUGAAGGCAAGUUCUUCUUGACUGUUACCCAGUCACUUUGUGACAUAUCACCUUUCUGGGUGACAUUUCUGUUGCAGCGCAACCUGGGCGCCGCCAUUGACCUCACCCAGCUCUCGCGGCUUGCAACUAUGUGGUUCCAGAGGCGCUUCAUGGCACCCACUCCUCGGCAGAACAUCGAGUGGACCGCUCCGGUGUCGUUCGACUACGCGAGUUAUUACAACAAUGCGCUCUUCUUUGCCACCAUAUCCCUGGCAUUUGCAAAUCUUCAACCGAUCAUUUUGCUGGUUGCAGCCCUGUUCUUUGCGUUCGACGCCUUGAUACGCAAGUACCUGUUGAUGUACUGCUUUGUUACGAAGAAUGAAAGCGGCGGCCAGAUGUGGAGAACGUUGUUCAACCGCAUGGUGUUUGCCACGAUGUUGUCAAACGUCGUCAUUGCGGCUCUGCUGAUCGCGCGGGAUGAGUAUGUCAUGGCCGGCACGCUGGGCCCAGCUCUCCUCUUGAUGAUCGGUUUCAAGGUGUACUGUGCCAAGACGUUCGACAAGGAGAUCAAGUAUUACGCGACGAGUGGCCUGGUCGAUCAGGAAUCAUUGCAGGCCGAUGGUGGUAAACGUCGCAAGGCAGAGAAGAUUUCUUCCAAGUUCGGCCACCCUGCGCUCUUCAAGCCGCUGAUGACGCCAAUGGUGAACGCCAAAGCUCAGCCUAUACUCUCAGAGAUCUACAAGGGCCGUCUGGGAUCAGAUGCUGGAGGCCCGCUCGCAGCAGGCUUCUCGGAUACCUUCGCCAUGCAACCAAUGGGUCCUUCAAAGAAUGAUGGCACAUUCGAAUUUGUGACAGAUGCUCAACAAGACUUUGCCUUCUACAAGAAUCGCGAGGACUUCCGCGAUGAGGCUGGCAGCAACUUGUAUGGCAAGCCGGACGACACAAUGACCGAACGAUCCGCCACACCUAUGGGCUUUAAGCGCAGCGGCACUGCUCAAUACUCUGAGUUUUCGGCAGAGAGUUCACGCGCAAACAGCCCGGCUCCUCUACAGCGAAAUCCAAGUCAGGUACAUCCAGCGUUCCGCAAUGGUUACGAUGUGGACAGCCAGCACAGCCUUAGACGCAUGGAAUCCCCCGACAGUCACGACAUCAGUCUAAGACCACGAUCAGGUCUCUACACUGACCCGGACGAUGACAGGUCCAACCUGCUCAAUCACGACGUGACGAUGUCGCAAUUCAGAAGCCCUGGCGGAACUCCAGAUCAACAAGGUGGCUAUGACUAUUUCAGGAAAUCAUGA